AUGAAGAAGCUGCGCACCUCUGUGGGCGAGAUCCAACACUUGGUGAAGGAUGGGGUGAUGCUGUCAAGCGGGGAGUUUGUCCCUUGCGACGUGGUUGUGGGCUGCAUCGGCUUUGAACGCUCGAGCUUUCUCUGUGAGAAGCUUACUGGUCGCAGUCAGGUUCGCACCACCAACUACCUGGACAAGGACAUGAUGUACCUAGCGGAUGCUGAGAUUGACGAAGGUGCCUUCAACUCCUUCUUUGGCUCCUCCGUCCUGGAGUAUGGGAAGUUCUUCAGCCACGUCUUCGUGGAGGGCCUACGACGGCCUGAGGACUUGGGAGAGUCCCUCUGGGGCCGCGACGCACACUCCGUGUCCAUAAACCAGAGGAAGUGGAACCAGUACAUUGCCGCGGCCAUGAAACUCAUUGAGGAGGAUGAAGCCAUUGCGGGGCAUGCUCGCCACCAAGUUGAGGAGCGCAGGAAGCACUUCUGGCGCACACUGCCCCCACGCAGCUUCCUGGCCGUGAACAAGCGCGAGUGGGAGGAGCAGUGGUGCAGCAAGCCUUCCAUGCUCGAGCACGCCUGA